CAUGAUACGGACUAGAUAACAUCUCAAAAGGAUCUUACUCGUUCUAAAAAAUAAGGAUCUUACUCGACUGAACCAUCAGUGUACAAAUUGUGUUCCUCCCAUUAAACCAAAAGAAGUUCAUAACAUGAAAGGAGAAAGAGACAGGAGGUAGAUAGGAACAAGAGAUACCUUCAGUACAAAGAAUUAACCUCAACCAAGUUGCUACAUCAAAAGCUGAUUAAUUGCCAAUGAGCCAUAGCCCUUGCGCCACGUUUGGUGCCAUGUUGAGUAACCAUAGAUUCGGUGCCUGAGUCCGGAGUGCGGAGACAACAUAGAUUAAUAUACUUGCACACAAUAUAUUUGGUGCAGAGUCGAGAAACCAUGCAAGUUACAGAAAACUGAACAAGUACACUGACCACAUUGAAUUGCUGCUUCUCCGAAGCUCAGAAUAAGAUACAUGAACGCUAUAAAAACUGCGUUUGUAUAGAGAAGCUACACCUGAUAGAAGUGCUGUCAAGGUUUCAUACAGAUCUUUUGUCUAGUGAACUUUACAGCACAACCACAUAUUUCUGAAACUAAUAAUAUGGUAAGCGCUAAGCGCCGUUGCCCACUAGAUAAAAAGAAGGCUCAAUCUCAAUCUGGAACUUCUUUUUCUUUGGCAGAUUCCAGAAGAUGCAAAAUCAAAGGGUUGGAUUCUGGGUUUAGCUAAAUUGUGGUUGCAAACUUUGCAGUAUUAUCUAUAUAGCACUAAAACCAGAACUGAAUGUUACAUGAAUAAAACCAGCCUAAAACGAGGGUGAACACCUUGAAUCCAUCUAAUUUAAUACCAUAAUAAGGCAGAACCAAUUUUACAGAUGUAGGUGCAUGUAAUGCAAAAAUUCUCAGAAUACAAUGAUAUAAUAUGCAAAAAAAAAAAGUACUGCUCAAUCUAUUUACUCUUUCCACAAAUGAAAUUAACCAAAAGAAUGUGACGGGUACACGGAGAGAAAAAUGGAGUAUAAGGUAAGGUUAGAGUUUGAGGGUAUUACGCCGGUGAGGAAGAUGGCGACGCAAACGGCCCCUGAUGCCGAAGCAGGGGCACGCCGACUUCCAGGGAGUGCCCCUCCACGUGUGCCACCACGUCUUGCAUCUCUAGGUGAGAUUUUCUUUACCUCCAUAUUACAUGCAGGUUUUAACGCUAGGCCCGACACAAACCAGCCCAGUGGACAAUAUAAUUUGGACAACGACUUGAUGGGCCAAGUAUGGGUGCGCCUAGCAGCAAAUAACCACCUUGGAAGAGUACUAAGUUACAUCAUAAAUCUUCUUUCACAAAAAACAACAAAUUCAGUUCAGUAUACUUCAGUUUAACAACACCAGGGCAUAGCUCCAAGACAAUCCUUGACAUGUAAAGGGAAUUUUAUGAGUCAUGCCGUCCUCUACUAAUGUCAUUUAUCUUAUCAACUUAUUAAAAUCCGUUUCAGGAAGCAAUUAACUGGAGUGCACAACAACCCUUGACAUGUAAAGGUUGCUAUAUGAUAUAAUCUCAUCAGCUCAAACAAGAUUACAAACUAUAUCUUCUAGAAAAGCAUGUUGCGUGUGAAGGCAAAAUCUGAUUUAUAUCUAACUUACACAACAUUACAAAAUGGGUUUCACAAAAGAAUGAAAUCCAGAUCUAUGCUUGACAUGUAAAGUAAUGAGGAUAAGUCACAUCGGUUUUCGAUCUUAGCUCACAGCCAAAUAUGUGUUCUGAAAAGUAUAUUUGAUGAUCAUCCAAAGAUUGGACUUGCAGUGCCACCUAACACAACAAUACCAAAUGAUCAGUUUGGAAAGCAUCCAAACGCUUUAGGAAAGUAACCUAGGAAAGAAAUGCAGGAAUCAUGCCAUGGCAGCUAUAAAUAGCCAUGUACCAUGUAGAUCCUCCUCCAUCAUCCAUCCUUCACACAAGCAUAAACAUCAAAGCAAACUAGUAACCAGCCACCAUGAAGACCUUGUUCUUCCUUGCAUUCCUCGCCCUCGCGGUGACAAGCGCUGUUGCACGGACGGACACGACCUGCAGCCAGAGCUACGGGGAGCAAAGCCAGCAACAGGACCAGCAGCAGCAGCUACUGCUGAUCAACCUGGGCAGGGCGUACCUGCAGCAGUGCACCCCAAGGACAGUACCAUUCACAUUUGCGACAGGCGAGCAGGCGAGCAGCUGCCAGGUGAUGAGGCAGCAGUUUUGCCAGCAGCUGGCCCAGAUACCGGAGCAGUUCCGGUGCCAGGCUGUCAACGGCGUGGCACAGGCCAUCAUGCAGCAGCAGCAGCAGCAACAGCAACAAUCACAGGGUUCCUACCAGCGAGAGGAGCAAGCUCAUUUUCACAUCAUGAUGGCGGCGCUGCACACACUGCCGCAGAUGUGCGCCGUGUACGUCCCGCCAUACUGCAUCAUCUCCACCACCAGCCCCUGCAGCAUCGCUAAGGCUGCUACCAGUGCUGGAGGUGCCUUCUACUGAAAAGAAACGAUCUGGAUGUGCUAGCUAGAUGUAUCACCGUUAAGGCGUUAAGUCGAUUGAUGAUUAGCGGUGUCAAAAUAAAAGUGCCAUACAUCAUCUUGUGUGGCCACUGGCUAGUACUAGAUGCAACUAGGAAAUAAGGAACAUCUGUUCCUGAAUAAAGCUUUUGUUUGAAUAACAUUGCAUGUGUUGCAUGAUAGAUAAAUCUCAGAAGGAUCUUACUUGAACCAUUAAUGUA